AUGAACAAAAAUACUCACAGUAAGAUUUGCGAAUUAAAGCAAAAUACUUCACAAGACGAAUUAAAUAUUGCGCUGAACAAUUUAAAGGCAAAGAAUAAAAACGAUAAAAAUGGUACUAUAUUAAAUGAUAAUAAAAAUAAAUUUCAAGAAAAGCAAUCAGAGCAUGAAAAUGAUUUAUAUCGCACAUUAAAAAUAAAUAAUGAGCUGGAUGGAAAUUUAAAGAAUAUAGAAAAUCUCGAACAAAAAUAUUUCUACUUACAAAAUGAAAAAGACAAAAGAAAGAAGAAAAAAAAACAAUUUUAUAAAUUAGGAAAUUCAAUUUUAAGUAACCUGGAUCCUAACAAUAAAUCAGUAUUUUUAGAUACAUGCGAGAAUAAAAAUGAAAAGAAAGAAAAUUCUGGUUCUUUUUACUUCUCUUAUAAUUCUUAUGAAAAAAAUAGUAGUAAUAAUGAUAGCAGUCAAAAAAAUUAUACAUUUGAAAAUCGAAAUGAUGAAGAUUAUAAUUCGUUCAAAAGUUCCACUAAAUAUGCACAAAACAUUUUGAAUAGGAAUUCUGAUAUGAAAUUAGAAAAUUUCAAUACCAGAUAUAAUCCAUUUGUAAAUAAUAAACAAAAAAAUGCCAUUUAUUACAUGAAAAAUGAAGAAGAUAAUUUUACUUCUAAUAAGGAUAAUAUAAGCAGUGAAAACGAUGAAAUAGACGAUGAUAAUUACAAUAAACUACUCGUCCCAAGCUUCCCUAAGAGUAUAAAAGAAAAUGUUCAAACUGAAAAAAAAAUACAUAAUAUAAAAGACAAACUACACGAAAUAAAUUAUAAAUCACAAAAUUUAUUUAAUAAAAUUGAAGAGAAAUAUGUUCAGAAAUUUAGAAAUAAUGAAAAUUACUUCAACCAUGAGAUAGACAAUUAUUAUACCACAGAUAAUAAUAAAAAUUUGUUUCCAAAUAAAUCUAAUGAAAAUAAUUGUAUUUUUGAACAAAAUAUAAAAGACUUUCCAUAUCAAUGCUAUUCAGGUGAUAUUAGUUUAAAUCAAAAAAUAACUCGAGGGAAAGAAAACUACAAUGAUCAAUAUGUAAUAAGCAAUUACAUAAAUCAAACUAAUAAUGAAAUUGAAGUAAUAACUGCUGAUGGAAAUAGAAACAACGCAAGUUUAAUUACCCUUCAAAAAAUGAAAAACAAUAAUUUUACAAAAAACAAUCAUACAAUUUAUACCAAGCCAAAUAUAUACAAAAAUAAUAAAUCAUGCAAUAGCUACAAUUAUAUAAAUCAAAAUUUAGAAUAUAUACAAAAUGAUGUAAAUAAUAUUAACACCCCCAAUAUUCAUAAAAUUAUUCGAGAAAGCAUGCCAUCUAAAUCGAAGGAUGGAUCAAUCAUAAGCGAAACACACAAUUUUGGUAGCAAAAUAAUCAAUGGUAGCACCUCUGCAAGUUUAUAUGACGAAAAGUUGGCAAAUAAUAAUACAAAUAAUAUAAAUAGCAAUGUUGACCUAAAAUUUCAUUCCGAAACAGGUAUAAGUAAUUUGCAUGUAAAAAAUUAUACAAAUAAUGUACAUAGGGGGAACGAACACAUAAAUAAUAUAAACAAACUAAUAAUAAAUUAUAGAAAUGAAGAAGAAGCAAAGGAAAAUGAAAAAAAUGGUAAAAAGGAAAUACAUAUUAACGGGAUAGAUCAAUCCGAUGGAGGGAAUUUUAGCAAUCCAAUAGUUUCCAAUAUGAAGUGGAAUAAUAAUAGUAACCUGAUCAAUAACAUGAGUAGUAUGAAUGAUUCAAAUAAAGAAAAACAAUGGAUAAAAAAAACAUAUAUAGAUAACAUCGAUAUACACAAUGCUGAUACAUUGAGUGUGGCAAAUAAUAUGAGCAAAUCAUACGAUUUAAAAAAUGAAAAACCAAAGAAAAAAAAUAAUGAUUUAAAUAUUAACAAUAAAGAUAUGGUAAUAAAUUCAGGAAAAUACUCAGAAAAUAGCAAUAGACAAAUUAUGAAAAAUGAUAUAAAACUAGCCAAAAAUGUUUUUAUGCAUUCAGAAAACCAAAUAAUAAAUAGUGACACUAAUAAAUUGGGGAAUGAUAUAAUAUACCAUAAUGAUAGACAAGUAAAUGAACUUUAUAAUACGAAUCUUUCAUAUUUUGAUGAACUGGAAAAUAUGAACCCUGCAAAAAAUGAUUCAUAUGUAAAUUGCAACAGAAAUAUGAAAUUAAAAUUUGAUGAAAUUAAUUCUAACGAUUAUCCCAUUUUCCAUGAUCAAAAUAAUAGAAAAAAAUGGGAACAAAGCCUCAGUAAAUACUCAAAUCACUUAAAAGAAGUUAACAAUCAUGGAAAAAAUUUAAUCUCGAAUAAUAAUAUUAAUGUGACUAGCGCAAAUUUUAAAUCAUUCCACCAAAAAAAUUCAAUAAAUUAUGAAAAUGUAAAAGAUUAUAAAAGAAAAUAUCAUAAUAUAAAUUAUAAUGAUUUUAAACAAAAUCAGCUAUUAGAUACAAACUAUACUAAAAAUCUUAACCUGCCAAAUCAAUAUAUUAGCAAAAAUUUUAUGGCAACAAAUAUUAUAAAUGACGACGAAAAUUUAUUAGGAUCUACAAAAAUGAACUCUUUUGAUGAUAUUACAAAAUUGGAAGAUGAGAAAAAUACUGAAUAUUUAACUGGUGAAUAUGGUUAUAUUAACGAUGCAAGGGGGGAAAACAAACUGUACAACAACGAAAAUACAGAUUGCUUUAGAAAAUAUAAAGACCUGAUUAGCACGAACACCAAUAACGAGAAGUACAAUGCUAAUGGAAAAUAUAACAAGAACAAUUUUUUUUCAUCAGUCAAUAUAAGCGAUAAAGAAAAUACUAAAAAUAUAACAGAAAAUGGAAAAUAUCAAUCAUAUCAAAAAGAUUAUAAUUUAAAAUCUUUUAAAAAUAAAUCAGUAAAUCCUCAAAGCUUUUUACAAAUAAAAAAUAAUAUAGCAGAGAUACAAAAUAAUGAUUAUAAUUUUAGAUAUACUAAUUUGUAUUUUAAUGAAGUAAACCAUAUAGAGCAGGAGAUAGCAAAACCAAAAUAUGAGAAUAGUAAUAUUCCCAGUAAAAUGUAUAUUAAUGAUUUUUUGGCUCAAAAUUAUAAUGAAACAAUCGAAUACGAUUUUAAUGCAAAUAACAAAAUUAGGAAUGAAACAUUUAUUAGUAGCCAUGACCAAACAAUUCGAACAAAUGUAGACACGGAAAAAAAUGAUAUUGUGAAUAACUACAAUAUUGAAGGAAAAUACAACAUCAAAAAUAUUAUAAAAGAAAGUAACAGCACCACCAUAUAUUAUGUAAUACAGAACAUUCUUCAAUACAGUAACAAAAUUUUCAACGAUCUAUACGUGAAUAAUGAUUUGCUAAAAAAAAAGAAACGAAAUGAACUUAAUUUAUAUUUGAUAAAAUUAAGAGAAAAUAAUUAUGAACAAUUUUUUUUUAACUUAAAUAAAUAUUUUGAAUCAUUAUUAGCAUUUCUGAAUUCUAAUUAUAUAUAUAAAUGUAACUCAUCUAUAUUAUAUAAUAUUUGCAUUGUUGUAAAAAAUUUAUUUUUUUUACUAAAUUUCGGGGUAUAUGUUUUUCAUAUAAUUAAAGUAUGUGCGCAUUGUAUUGUUAAGUUGAUCUUAAUAAACCCAAUUUCUAUUAUUGAUAAGACAUGGUUUUUUUUAUUAAAUUUAUUCAGAUAUAUAUUUCAAAAAUUAUACGAACAUUUUAAAAUAUAUUUUAAUAAUAAUGAAAACCAUCCAAUGGAUAAAGAAUCACUUGAAAUUUUGGUAUCUUUUAUAAAUACCUUCAACGAAAUUAUUAUAGAAUAUGGAAAAAUAAGGAUAAUAGCAAGAAAUAAAAAAAAAGAAGAAUUAAUUGCGUUUCCUUUGUAUGAAGCCCUCAAACCAUUUUUCUUUCUGAACGCAGGGUACUAUGAUAAUUCUCCAAAAAUGAACGAAAAAAGCGAGGCAAAAUUCUCGACAAAAAUUUUAAUCAGUUCAAGUGGCAGUAGUGAUUGCAAUAGUAGAAGCGAUUCCAGUAAUUCUAACAACUAUGAAAGCUAUUAUUCGAAUAAACAUUCACGAGGAAAUUCGAUGGAGAAAAGUCAUGAGAAAAUAGACCAUUACAUGAAUAUUGACAAUAUGUAUGAUCAAAUAGUUAAAAGGAAACAAAAAAAUGAAAACAAAAAAGAAAAAAAUAAAUUUUAUAAUGAAAAUCAUGAUUUUCUCGAUUAUAAAUCACAGUGUUCUGAAAAGAAUCGAAGGGAAAAUAUAUUUGAAUAUACCAAUAAUGCUAGUAAUGAAAUAUUCGACAAACACAAUAAAGACCAUGCUAUUCACUCAAAGAAUUCUAUUAUGGAUACAAAAAACUAUAUAAAAAAAAAUAAUGAUGAUGAAUUGUCAAUUUAUAUGCGAAAUAAUUUACUAUGCUCUAUGCAAACCCUUAUAAAGAUGUUUUCUCAUAUUUAUAUAAACAACUGGGAUAAAAUUCUUUAUUAUUACGACGAAAAUACGAAUGAGCGUAUUCCAAUAUUUUUAACUAUAAUUAUAAAUGAUCAUAAUCAAAAAUUGAGAACUAAUUCAAUUUUAUGUUUAAAAUAUUUAUUCGAUUGCAAGCAACUCAAAUAUUGGUUUUUACUGAAAACAAAUAUUUAUAACUCAGACACUAAUGAUUUUAAUAAUGGUCAAUCGGCUUUAAAGGAUGAAGAAAGUGCAAUCAGUGUUUCGAAUAUGGCUAUUGAUCAAUCCAAAGAUAAUAAUAGUCAUAGUAGUUUUAAUAAUAGUAACGAUAAUAACAAAAUUAAAAAAGGUCUAGACUCUACUAAUAGGGGGAAAUAUUAUCAGCAGUCAUUAAAUGACACAUAUACCAACGAACAAGGAUAUGCCUUAAUGGGUAUGGUGAAUGAUGAUAUGUCUUUAAGAAAAUAUACACCUCCAAAAAGCGAAACGGGAAUUAAAUAUAAUUAUAUUGAUACUCAAAUACGAGAUAUUAUAUGCCCAGAAAAUUUAUCAAAUCCGAAAAAUAUUGUAAAUGAUAACAAUAGUGAGAGCAGUGGAUGUGUCAUAGAUAAAAAACUAGACAAAGAAAGUGAAAAAUACAUUUAUAUUUGUGACAAAACCAUUGAAGAAAUUAACUCAAAUAAUCACGAAUCCUUAGAAAAACAAAACGAAAAAAAUAAAACUCAUAAAAAAGGGUUAACAUAUACAAAUACGAACAAAGGGAACAAAAAUUUGGAUUAUUCUACACAAACACAUGGAGAACCAGAUUAUAAAAUUGGCAAUAUAAAUUAUAAAAAAUUAAUGAUAGAAGAUAAUAUUAUAAAUAUGUUGUCUCACUUAAUUAAAUUAAUAAAUAAAACGUACUUAUUAAAUAAUGAAAAUAAUUUCUAUACACCAAUAGACAGAUUAAAUAUUUAUCGAUUUUUUUUGCGAGUUUCACAAUCUAUGUUAUUAAAAAAAUAUAAAAAUUUAUUAAUGAAAAUUUUAAAAACAUCUUUUUUCUAUUUAUUAAAAUAUCUUAUAUAUUUUAAUAAUGGAGAUAUGCUACCAUUUUGUGGGAAAAAGCUAGUUCAAAAUAAAAGUAAUUUAAAAAAUAAAAAACAACAUAUAUUACAUAAUAACAGCGAUAAUGAACUAGCAUUUUUAAAUAAUGGCCAAUCUAUUAAUAAGGGAGAUAUAAAAAAAAAUAAAAAAAAAUCUCACACUCUUUCAAACAAUUUUCUUUAUAUCAUAGAUGAGCACAAUUCUCAAAAUAUUCGCAAAACACAAUCAUUCAUUCAAAAUACUUCUGGUACCUCACCUCAAGUUGUAGAAAAUGAUCAUAUAGAUCAAGAACAUGCGUUAAAAUCGCUAAACAAUAGUUCAGAAUGUUUCAAACAAAUGGGAAAAUAUGAAGAAGACAACAUUUAUAUAAUCAGAGAUGCUGAGAAAUCAUAUCUUUAUCAUGAAAAAGAACUGAAAAGCAAUUUUAAAUAUCUCUCGUAUAAUAGCGAGAAUAAUGAUAAUGUUUAUGGACAAAAAAUAAUAAAUAAGAUAAAAAAUAAAGAUAUCGAAAUAGAUACAAAACAUUUUUUACAAGAAGAUAUUAAAAACGAAACAUACUUUAAUUAUAAAAAGGAAAAAGCUAAUAACAAAUUCAAAGAUAACGAAUCGAUGAUAAAUACAAUUGAUGAAAAAUUAAAUAAAAAACAUCUCGAUAUAGAUAAGCACAAAAUCGAUGAACAUGAUGUUUAUAAAGGCAAUAAUUUGGAUGUUAUUGAAAAUGAAGAAAAUAUCGAAACACAUAAUGGGAAUACGCAAUGUUUCAGAAGUUUCUAUGAUAGUGUGCAAAAUGGUAAGGAAUUUAAUGAUGACGAAAUGACUUGCAAUAUCAAAGACCAUAAAAGUGAUGAUAGUAAAUAUGGAAUAAAAAGAGAACAUAUAGAAGAAGACAUAAUUUCGAUAUAUUCUGAUAAAAAAACAGAAAAAAAGCGAAAAAAUAAAAAUAAGGAUUUUUUUCAAAAUUUCCAAAAUGAAGAAAUGGAACCAAAUACACAAAUGAACAAAAAUGAAAACGAAAUAUCAUAUUUGUAUAAAAAUAUUAACAAAAUAAAUAAAAAACUUUUAUGCAAAAAAAAUUAUGAACUAUUAAUACGCAUAUUAUAUUGUAAUGAGUAUUCAAAGAAUUCAAAAUAUAUAUGUACAAUAACUGUUAUUAUCAACAUCUUUUCAGUUUUAUUAUGUGAAUAUAAUGAUGAUAUAUAUAAUUUUUUAUGUGCCAACAUUUACAGAAAAAAUAUAAAUAAAACCUUAAACAAUCGAAAUAUAUUUUGUGAAAAUUCUACUCAAAAUUAUUUGUACAACAUCUCCUUUGUGCAAUUGAUAUAUUUCAUGCUUAUCUUUUUAUACAAAAUAUUUUAUCAGACAUGUGAUGAAGUAAAGAAUAAUUUGAUAACCAAUAUAGAUAAUCCUUCAACUUACAACAUUAAUGACACUUUUAAUAACGUUAUAAAAGAGCACCUCCAAAAUGAGAACAAUUAUAAUAAUAAAAAUUGUGGUGUGGCAAAUAAUAACCAAUUUAUCCCAAAUAGCAAAUAUGAAGCGGGUCAGAAAAACGGAAUAAUAAAUAAAGACUACAAUACUAAUUGUGAUAACAAAACAAUCUAUAAUAAUACUGAGAGUUGCAAUAAUAUGGAAAUUUAUAGUAACAAAAAUAAUUACCUUAACGACAAAAAAACGUCUACCAACAACUCAUAUACUGAGCUUUUUAACAAAUACAUCACAUCAUAUACACAAAGAGAAUUCAAUAAGAAUAAAAACGUAAAUAUAUUUGAUAAAUAUAAUUUGAUACCUUAUGAUAUGCAAAUAUUUAAAAAUAUGUUUGUAGUUUUUCAAAAGACGUUGAAAUAUUAUCUAUUUUGUUACAUGCAUUGCUGGAACGAUGUAAAAACCUUGUUGGAAUAUUUUUUGCAAUCAGAAAACAUAAAUAUAAAAAUAAUUUCUAUUAAAAUAGUGAUUGAUAUUUUUACUUUUAUAAAUGCCUACUACGAAGGUCAGACUAUUGAUAAAAAUAAUAAUAAUAGUGAUGAACCCGAACUUUCAGUUUUAAAAGAAAAAGACAAUGCUAAAAAUAGUCCUACGUUUACCAAUGAGGACGCUUCAGAGCAAACUAAUAUCAGUGAAAGUUCAAAAGAAAGAAAAACGGUGAAAAAAAAGAAUAAAAAAAAUGAUAUUCAUUGUGGCAAACGUGAACGGGAUGAAAAAUUGAAUAAACAAAGAGAAAACAAUAAUAAUUGCAUUAGCAAUUCAAAGCGUCAAGAAAAUUACAAAAAUUAUCAAAAAAAAAAAUUUAUGCAGCUAGUAGAAAGAGAUAUGAUAUACUUAUUUAGAAAAUAUAUAUUAAUGCAUAUACACAGCAUAAAUAAAAUAGAUAACGACGCAAUUAAUAAAAGAAAUAAAAUAAAGCAUGUAUUCUUUAAUACAAUUAUAUGCAUAUCUCAACUAAGCUAUGAAGGCUUUAAGGUUUUAAAAAUUGAAGAUAUACAAAAAUUAACUAGUUUAAUUUCGUCUUGUGCAAAUAGUAUCAAAUGUAAUAUAAUUACUACACUUAGCAAAUAUAUUAUUAAAUAUAUAUUUACCUUUAAUAAAAAAUUUAUACAAAUGUAUGAAAAAAAAAUCAAUCUCUUACAUAUAAAUUCUGCAAAUGUAUAUUAUAAUAAUAUUCUUUCCACCCAAAAUAAUUUUCAUAUAACAAAAAAUAACUUCAACAUUGACAUUCUACUCGAUGAAAAUUCCAUUUCCUCUCCUUCUGGUUCUAAUAUACAAACUAAUGAAUCUCGUCAAAAUGAAACAAGUAGAAAUAAUAACUAUUUGAGCAUGCUAAAAACAGAUCAAAUAAGCAACUUAAAAAAAAUUCCUUUCUUAAAUUCUUCGCAAAAUAAACAAGAAAAAUACUACGAAAUGGAACAAGAUAUUCAUGAAAAUGGUUUGGCUGCCCCCUUUUUUGUUUCGCCAGAUUCUAAUGAACUUUUUCAAAAAAACAAUUCGUCUAAUCAUAUGUCUACACUUAAUAAUACUCUUUCUGAUAAAUCUGAACAAUAUUUACAAAAUAUGAAUAAGGGUAGUCAAUAUUAUUCUUCUGAUAAACUUUUUUUUAAAAAUAGACAGAUCGAUGUAGAUAAUUGUAGGAACGGCAAUAAUGAUACCAAUAUCUGUAAUCGAAUCGUUCAUAAUAGAAAACAAGAAAUCAAAAAUAUAAACAACAAAGAACAAUAUUUUACCGAUUUGAAUGCAGAUAAUGAGACAAAAAAAGAAACAAGUAACAAAGAUUCAUUUAAAAAUAUGAACACAAAUAAAUUUAUUAAAUUUGAUAAUUAUCAAACUAUAUCGAAAAAGGAAAGUGAUAAUAAUAAUAAUAAUGAUUAUUUCAAAAAUGAUAAGUUAAAAAAAAUGGAAACUAAUACAAAAAAUUACGUCAGUAAAAUUAAUAUAAAAAAUAGUAAUGAUAUUUUAAUGCCUAAAAAAGAACAUGUAAAGAAUUUAGAUAAUAUAUCACAUCAAUAUCCUGAUGAUAUAAAAAAUGAUGAUAAUAUAGAAAACGAGAACUAUUAUAACAAUAAUAAAUUAGCAAACUCUCAAAUUAAUGUCAAAGAAGGCAAUAAUACACUUAAUGAUAGUAUUUACAUAUUAGGAAAACAGAAAAACGAAAAAAAAUUAUUUGAAUUAUAUUAUAUAUAUAUUUAUAUUAUUAUUCACAUAAUCAAAUUUUACAAUGAGUCUUUUGUAGAUUUAAAGUACUAUAUAUAUAACUGUAUAUGUGAAAUCGCAAGUUCAUACAUUCCUUUUUAUUUCACCCAAAAUAAUAUAAAAAGCUUCUCUUAUUAUAGUAAUCAUAAUAGUGAAGAAAAUAAAGAUAUUAACGAAUUUAUAAGUUUUAUAAACAAUAUUAACACAUCUACAAAUGUAAAUGAUUUAAAAUUAUAUAAUUUUAAUAACAAAAAAAAGGAAAAAAAAUUAAAGAGUAAAAAAAUACUCAAAAAAACGUAUAAUUCAGAUAAUGAAAAUUAUCACCAUAUCCAAGCUUCCAAGCUUGAGUUUAUUCAGUUACCAAAUUCUGCUACAAAAACAUAUGAAGAAAAUGAGUAUUCGGAGAUUCCGGGAUCAUCAAUUUCCACAUUUAUAGGAACCGAAAAUUUUUCUAGUAAUGAAAGUGGUAAUGAAAGAAUAUAUAAUUUGUCUAAUUCCAAAAAUGAGAACAAUAGUUGCAUAGACCAACAAAGAAAUUCCAAGAGUAUAUGCAUAGAUACCCAAUUAAAAAAUAUUCAAAAUCCUCGAGACAUCAUACAUGAUGAUUUUUCAACAAACAUUUAUUUAAUUUCUUAUAUUGAAUAUAUUUGCAUAUUAUUGUUAAUUAUAAGAGGAAAUAGGAAGGUAGAAAAAGAUCGAGCCAUUUGUUGUAUUAUUAGGUAUUUAGGCUUUAUAUGUAAAAAUAUGAAUUUCUUUUUAUUUAACUCGAUCAAUCUAGUGUCUUCUUCUUUUCUUAACAAAUAUUUUGUAUACCUAAAUAAUUUAAUCGAAAAAAAUAAUUUUUUUGAUAUUCAAGAAGAGAUAAGCCAAAUUGAGGGAAAAAAGAAAAAAAAAAUCAAUAAAAAUAUAGAGAAAAAUAAUAGAGAAAUUAGCAUACCAGAAAAUAUUCACAAUGAAAAAUUGGAUAGUCAAUCAUUCAAAAAUUGUAUGAAUAAAUGUAUAGAUACACAAAAGGAAUUUAAUCAUGGAGAAAAAAACGAAGAUAUUAAUAAAAUUGCACACAACAGAGAUGAAAGUAAUAACAAAUAUGCCGAAAGAAUAGGAAAUAUGGAUAAAAAAGAAUCAGUAAGAAAUUCAAAGGGUAAAUUGUAUCACUUAUUCUUAAACAUAUAUGUAAAAUAUGAAUAUGACUUUGAUCCUUGGUUCAUUUCUUCGGAUGAAAAUGUGAAAAACGAUAACAAGAUUGAAAUAGAUAGUAAAAAGGAUGAUUAUAUUAAAAAUUCAAAUUAUUUACUGAAUAAUAAUGAACAAUCACAACAAAACAGCGAAAGCAAAACUCGAAACGUUGAAGAUAUCACAAGAAUAGAUCCUCAAUUAGAUAUUCCAAGCAAAGAAUGGACUGAAUGCUACUCUUAUAAAAAAAUAAAAAAUAUAGCACCCAAUUCAAUCAUAAUAGAAAUAAAAGAUGUAUUCAAUUCUAAUAUAAAUAAAAAUGGUAUUCUAAAUAACCCUAAUAAUGUAGACUCAAAAAUAAUAUUAUAUUUACUAUCCGUUGUAAAGGAUCAUAUAAAAAAUAAAAUAACAUGGAAUGUUCUUUAUGCAUUUAAAUUAAUCUAUAAUAAUUUUUCAUUUUUUUUUGCACACAACUUCACAGAAUUACAUAAUAAAAUAUUAGAUAGUUUAAUUAAUAUAUUGAGAUUUACAAAUGUAUAUAAAAUUAAAAUUUUGUCUUCUUUAGCAUUAAUGCAUAUACCCUUAUAUUAUAAUAUUAAUAAAAAUAAGUUAAAAGAAUUAUGGGAUACUUUAAUAUCAAAUAUUAUUUUUUUUGAUGUUACUUUUUCAAAUGAUGACAAAUCUAAUGUUAAUCCAGUUUGUUAUUAUUAUAAUAAGGGAGCGAAUUAUUUUACUAUAAGCAAAAAAAAUGAAUAUAAAUAUAAAUGUACAUUAAGAAUAAACAUUUGUGAAUUAUUAUACAUAUGUAUAUAUAGAUCAUAUAUACAUUCAAAUAUAAAUACAAGCAUAGAAAUUAAUAAUGAACAAAUUAAUUGUUACGAAAUUUUUAAAAAAUAUACACACAUAUUUAACAUAAAUAACGAUUUGCACAUAUACAACUUAACACAUAUAUUUAAUAACCAUGUAUUAUAUUAUUCAUUUUAUAACAACCUAAGUAAAGAAAGUGAAGACAUUUCGAACAUUCCCAACAUUAUCUCCAAUUGUGAUGCCCUAAAUCAUCAACCGAGAAAAACACAACAAUACGAUGGAUGCAAUGAAAAACAAACCUUACAACCAGAACAAUCAGUAUCCAAUGAAGACGCAUUUCAUGAAUCAAAACAAAAAAAGAAAAAUAUAUACAACGAUGAAACCAUUGAAUUUCAAUUAUUUUUAAAUCGGCAUUUUGAUAAAUAUAAUUGUGUCUAUAGAAGUUUAUUGGAAUCAAAUAAAAACACAAUUUUUCUGGCACUUUUUUUAAAGCUUCAUUACGAGAUUAAAAAUUCACUAAAAAAAAUUCAGAAAAAAAAGAUAUAUAAUAAAGGAUAA